GGCGCAGCCGAGGAAAGGACUGGUAACAAGACGAAGCGCGAUGACCAAGUCCAAGAACCAGAAGAAGCAGCGCGACUCGUCCGUGCGCGGCUCGACCAAGAUCUCCAAGAAGGCUGCCAAGGGCGGCGCCAAGAAGAACGCCGCCAAGGCCACGCAGGUGGUCGUCGCAGCCGCCAAGGGCGGCAAGAAGGCCGGCCUCUCGGCCAUGCAGGAGCAGAUGAAGCGCCGCUUGGAGGGCGGCAAGUUCCGCAUGCUCAACGAGCAGCUCUACACGACGACGGGCGGCGAGGCCUUUGAAGAGUUCCAGGCCGAGCCCGAGCUCUUCGACACGUACCACGAGGGCUUCCGGGAGAUGGCCGAGAAGUGGCCGCUGAACCCGCUCGAUACGUUCAUCAACUACGUCAAGGCGCACCCGAAGGCGGUGGUCGCCGACUUUGGCUGCGGCGACGCGCGCCUCGCCGCGUCUGUGCCCAACACGGUGCACUCGUUCGACCUCGUCUCGCGCAACCCGGCGGUCACGGCCUGCAACAUCGCCAACGUGCCGUUGCCAGACGAGUCGGUGGACGUUGCUGUCUACUGCUUGGCGCUCAUGGGCACGACGCUGGUCGAGUACCUCUUGGAAGGUCGCCGUGUGCUCAAGCCCAACGGCGUCAUGAAGAUCGCCGAGGUCAAGAGCCGCAUGGAGACGCCGUCGCUCGGGAUUCCGGGCUUUGUCAAGAAGAUGACGGACCUCGGCUUCGACCUCAAGCACAAGGACGAGUCCAACAAGAUGUUUGUGACGUUUGAGUUUCUCAAGACGAAGCGGACGCCCAAGGCCAACGUCCAGAUCGAGAUGAAGGCGUGCGAGUACAAGCGCCGGUAGAUAAGACAUAAGUAUGAAGACGCUUGGUAUUCCGCG